UCAGAUUCAGUGUCCAGACUGUGACUCCUAGAUGGAUUUAAACUGAUCUGGUGUCAGUUUUUAUCAGAGGCUCAGAAAUUAUGGAAAAAAUGAAAGUGUGAAAUUUUGACCCUUCCUGGAGAGAUUUUGUAUGUUUUUUGUGACCAUUUUGUCACAUUGUGCUAAUUUUGGUGGAAAAUUUGAACCUUUAAGGAUACUUUUGGGUCCUUUUGUGGUGAUUUGGCUGUUUUGGGGUGACUUUGUGUUUUUGUGGUGAUUUGGGGUCUUUUUCUGGUGAUUUUGUGUCUCUUUGUGGUGAUUUUGGCUGUUUUAGUGGUGAUUUUGGCUGUUUUUGUGGUGAUUUUGCUCAUUUUUUUGUGCCGAAUUUCAGUCUUUGGGGUAGUUUUGCCAUCCAUGUAUCUGCUGGACUGAAGAAGGUCUGAGGCUCAGAAAUGAUGGAAAAAGUCCAUUAAAAAGUAGUAAAUCUGGAUGGACUUCAAUGACCUGGAAUGUUCUAAGUGAGACUAAACUUAAAGACUGGAAGCAGAAAAGGAGAACGUCUCCUGGAGAAAGUUCUACAGUAGGUUUACUCUAGAACAUUCUCCAGGAGAUGUCUAUGGACCCCAAGGACCUGGAACUCUGGAAAUAUUCCCAGUAUGAAGGUAGAACUCUGACCAUGAAUAAAGUUAGCGGAGAUAAAGGUUCUGGGAGGUUCUGAGGACUGACAGACAUCAGAAUCUUUCAGGAUCCGGCUGAAUAAAGCCUGAGGACAGAUUUUAUUUUAUUCUAUUUUAUUUAUUUUAUGCUUCCUGUUUAACUAACUUCGUCUCCAACUCCUGUGGAGGAAACUUGGAUCUAUCUGGGAAUCAGAAUAAUCGGAGCUCCCUGAUUAAAUCCGCGGAUGAUCCACGCCGUGACCGUGGACAUGUGCUAAUCAGCUGAUGCGCCACAGCCGCUAUUUAACCUCCGCACGGCGCAAAGAUCUGAGGACGGAUCGACAGACGGACACACCGACAGGAUGCCUCCAUUCGACAGAAGCCAGCUGAACAACAAACGCUUCAAGCAGCGCAAGACUUUCGCUACACGCAGGCAGGAGGUGGCGGGGAUCCGGUCUAAGUUCCCCAACAAGGUGCCGGUCAUCAUCGAGCGCUACGAGCGGGAGAAGUUCCUGCCUCCGCUGGACAAGACCAAGUUCCUGGUUCCCCACGAGCUCACCAUGACGCAGUUCGUCACCGUCAUCAGCUGUGGAGCCGAGCGAUGCAUUGUGGGACGUUGCUACGAUGAAGACAACUCCUUGGCCACUUCCAUGAAGGAAACGCAUGGCGCUGCUGCCCAGUCAGGCCUUCUACCUGCUCAUCAACAACAGCGGGCUGCCCAGCAUGUCGCUCACCAUGGCUCAGGUGUACAAGGACCACCAGGACGAGGACGGCUUCCUCUACAUGACCUACGCCUCGCAGGAGAUGUUCGGACAGCGAGCAGCAGCUGCUCCACGUUCGGUCACCGUCUGCUAGAAAGACUAAAUGCUGUGUGGAAAGAUUCCCGCCUCUGUUGCUCGUGUUGCUGUGGAAGGAUGGAUUUUAAUGAUUGAUCCAAUAAAUGUUCUGUCCAAACUUA